GCUCUUUGAAAUUUCUUUCAUUCUGUUUGUGUGGUAAUAUUUCUUCUCCAACAUCUUUCAUAUUCGUUGUUAUGUUUAGUAAAUUCAAAAAGGAAGACAAGGCCGCUAAGUCCGAGACAAAGGGCCCUGUAGUACACUUACCCUUUGAUACUGUUGCUAAGGAGUCAGUUAUCCCCGAAGAGCCCCCAUUGGACUCUACACAGCAAGCAAAGUAUGCGGCAGUCUUGCAACACUUCCAGGAUGAAUCCUUGAAGAUCCCAUGUAGUGAGGAGACUCAUAAAUCCCAAGAAAAGGAAACUUUCUCACCCUUGACCUUGGCUGAGAAGUCUUGGCUCACUAGGGAAUGUUUCCUUAGAUACUUGAGAGCCACCAAAUGGGACCAACAAGAGGCUAUUUCCAGAAUUACCCUCACUUUGGCCUGGAGAAGAGAAUUUGGAAUAUCCGGUAGAUCCGACUCCGAGAACGAAGUCAAUGGUACUCUUUGUUCCGAAGAGAACGAAACGGGGAAAGAGGUGAUCUUGGGGUAUGACAACGAUGCUAGACCUUGUCUUUACCUCAAGCCAGGCCGUCAAAACACCAAGACUUCGCAAAGACAAGUGCAACAUUUGGUGUACAUGUUGGAAAAAGUGAUAGAUUACAUGCCAUCAGGACAAGAUUCACUUGCCUUACUCAUUGAUUUUAAGGCUUCUCCCGUCGGCACUCAAGGUGGUAAGAUCCCACCAAUUGGGAUCGGUCGUCAAGUGCUACACAUCCUCCAAACGCACUACCCGGAGCGUUUGGGGAAGGCUCUUCUUACCAACAUCCCAUGGCUUGGCUGGACUUUUUUGAAGCUUAUCCAUCCAUUCAUCGACCCCUUGACCAGAGAGAAGUUGGUUUUUGACCAACCAUUCCCCAACUUUGUUCCAGACGAACAAUUGGACCUGGACUUUGGAGGGUCUGUCAAUUUCGAGUAUGACCAUGCCAAGUAUUGGCCGGCCAUGAUCAAGAUUGCCGAGGAGAAGAAGGCUCGGUACAUGGAAAGAUUCGAGAAGUUUGGCGGGCAUGUUGGGCUCAGUGAGCGUGACUUGCGGGGUGAUUGGGACGAGCCAAAGUCCACUUAGAUAUAGAGAGAGAGCAAGUGUUUGUGUGGAAAGUGAGCGUAUAGAUCAAAUACAUAUUCUAAUUAGGGA